AUGAAACUGAGCUGCAAUGGGUGCCGCAUACUCCGCAAAGGUUGCAGUGAGAAGUGCAUCAUAAGGCCAUGCCUUGAGUGGAUUAACUCCCCUGAGUCACAAGCCAACGCCACCCUCUUCCUUGCCAAAUUCUAUGGUCGCACUGCCUUACUCAACCUUAUCAACGCUGCUUCCCAACACCAUGCCCCAGCUGUAUUCAAGUCGCUGUUGUACGAGGCCUGUGGGAGAUUAGUGAAUCCCACAUAUGGGUCGUUGGGUUUGUUCUGGACAGGGGAGUGGGCCCAAUGCGAAGCUGCAGUUGACGCCGUGCUGACUGGGACCAAAAUCAAUGGCGUGGCAGCUUUUGAUUGGGUGACAGCAGGGACACUUGGUGGAAGUGAUCAUGUUCCCCCAGCCUGUGAUACAGGCCACGUGGCAAGAGGGAUCAACGUGGACUACGUGAGAGGGAGAACCGGGUUGAAGAGGGUCGGGCAAGUUACGAAACCCAAACCGCGAGUGGGUUCAGCGGACUCAGCUUGGUUGUGGAAACCGGCUUGGGAGAGGGAGAGCGUGGAAAGCGUGGAGGCUUCGCUGGUGAGCCAGGACGAGCCGAAUCGAACGGCGUUGGACUUGGAACUGACUCUUGGCUUCAAUUGCGAAACAACCAGUGGCAAGAAAAGACGUUAUUAA